GGAAGUGAAAUGUUUAAGCUGUGGGUAACGUUAGCAGUUCAAAACAGGUUCCAUAUUAGAUAACAUUGUUUUAAGGUUACACGGUAUUAUAUUCUAUUUAAAAUAUAUACUAUGGAUUUUAUGACCGGGGAGAUCACUAAACUCUACAGCUACGAAACCAGACUUCAAACAUUUAAUGGCUGGCCUUUCGAAGAGGAUUGUAGUUGUACCCCUGAAAACAUGGCCAGAGCAGGAUUCGUUCACACACCUUCUGGAAAUAGUCCGGACGUUGCACAGUGCUUCUUCUGUCUCAAAGAACUGGAGGGAUGGGAGCCUGAAGAUGACCCUAUGAAAGAGCACAAGGCCCACUCUCCUCACUGUGACUUUGUUGCUCUGAAAAAGCCUGUGGAGGAAUUGACAGUGGAGGAAUUCCUCAAGCUCCAGAAGGAGAGACAGAAGUUCCAGAUUAGGAAGACGUGCAAUCAAGGCAUCGAUAAAUUUCAAGAGGCAGUAACGGUCAGAAGAGGCCAGAUUAUCAAGACCUCCAUGGGAGAGGAUUAACCAGAGGUGUUCCCUGUGCCUGUGAACACACUCUUGUGCGCUGGACUUCACAUUCCUCACACUCAGAUGUCGGUGCAGUUGCUGGAGAAAAAGUCAGGGCUGUAUUAUGUCUUCAGAAGCUGGUCAACAUUUGUUUUGCAUGAGUCCCAAGUGUUUAGAGUGGGAACAUAUUGAUAUUUAUCACCUUGGACAUGCUUGGCCAUUGCGUUUGGCAAUUAUCUUUUUAUUGCUCUAAAUUUCAUGGGGUUUAAAUUUAAUUUGUAUAUGUGUAAAUUCAGAGCUCUCUUGCUUUCUUAUUAUGCACACUCAUAUUUUAUUUUUAAUAAAGCCUUUCAGCUUUAUAGUAUUCCCAGGUGUGGUUUAUACAGUGUUUUUUGUUUUUUUUUACCCUCCUAUUAUGUUCAAAUUUUA